AUCGAGUGUUUACCAUCGCCAUCAGCCAGCAGGGUUUUUUGUGCGUAGUAAAUUUUAAAAACAUUGUUUAUUGACUUUAAAAGGUUGUUUGCAACCUCUGAACGAUAAGCAGCAGCCACCGGACCGACCGGACCAACUUGGACCAAAACACGUGCAGCGCAGCAAAACAAACGUUUGCUCCAAUCUCUAAUUCGCGUUGCAACUGGUAAACUACACACACACACAGCCGCAAGAUGGGAAUGGUACAGAAGCGCAAGAAGAUGCACUAUGGCGACACUCACCUGCAGCGCCGGUGGCGCGUGCGCAACCGUCGUCGCGACCUCGACCAGAUCGACGAGGACAUGCGCAACAGAAGCGCCGAGCUGAUCAACCAGAACGUGGACCUCGAUAAGCCGGGCUUUGCACAAUUCUAUUGCGUUCACUGUGCCAAGUACUUUAUCGAUGACACCGCCAUGCAGGCGCACUUCCGCACCAAGGUGCACAAGCGGCGUCUCAAGGCGCUGGAAACGGAGCCAUACACCAUCGAGGAGUCGGAGCGGGCCGCCGGCCGGGGCAGCUUCGUCCAGGCCAAGAAGCGAACGCUGGAAACGCAGCCAACAAAGGAGGAAGUAAUUGCAGGCAAGCGCAUCAAGGUAGAGGAAAUCCCAUCAACAUCCGAUGCCGAUGCAACGCCCUCCACAUCGAAGGCGAAGCGCAAGAAGGCAGAGAAGAUGGAGACCUAGGCGGGGGAGAUUAACAAGCUAUCUAUUUAGAUUAAUAACCAAGUACUUGGGUAACUACUACUCCAGUUUUCCUCUUCUGUUUUCUAGAAAUCCAUCUUAUAAAUAUAUUUUUUUUUUGCUUCUGUAUCUGGUGUAUGUACGGAUUGUUUCAUUAGGAAAGAGAUACAUUAUCACAAUGUAAACUCUAGCUUGAAAUAAAUAAUGCUUGGAUUGACUUUUUCCUCGGUAUAAAUAUA